UUCUCUAUUCAAUAAAAGCGGGGCCCAGGAGCCACAACAAGGCCUCGGCUAAUGGCUACCAUGAAACUGAACUGAAAAAAAAAAAGAUAAGAAAAGACAGAAGAAGAAGAAGAAUCAAAGGGAAAGCUCUGAAAUGAGUUGCUCAAUCAGCUUCCAUAUCCCUAAGGCUCUGCCUCCUCUGAGCUCUACUCAAAGUAGAAGAACUCCUCUCUUUGUUACUUCUAAACACACUCCUUUAUGCUCCACUACUGACCUCAAUCCCAAGACAAUAACAAGCAUAAUUCAAAAGCCAAUUCAGUAUUUUCAGCUCAAAAAAUCUAGUUUGGCACUACAAGUUGGAGCAAUUUUGGCCACUCAGGUUGAGCAGCCUGCUUUUGCUCUAACAGGAGUUAAUAACGAGCAAGAACUUUCAUGGGUUCUAAUACAGCUCGGAGUUGUUGGCUUUUUCUACUUCCUUGUUAUGCCACCAGUGAUCAUGAACUGGCUUAGGUUAAGAUUCUACAAGAGAAAACUCUUGGAAACGUAUUUACAGUUCAUGUUUGUUUUCAUCUUCUUUCCCGGUUUAAUUCUUUGGGCACCAUUUCUGAACUUCAGGAAGUUCCCCCGGGAUCCAUCAAUGAAGUACCCUUGGUCUAAGCCUUCUGAUCCUUCAAAAAUUAGAAGUCAAUACUACAAAUACCCAUAUGCCGAACCUGAAGAUUAUCUAUGAAAAUCUGUAAUGUAAAGGGAUCUAAUACAAUGUGACCAGUCUAGAACUGUGCUUGAUUCCCUACCAACAAAACUGUAAAUCUUUAUAUUUUCUUAUUCACUUGAAGAAUGAUAUACACAAAGAACAAGUGGUGAUUCAAUACUCCUUUUAACA